AUGAUAACAAUUUGCUUAAAUACUACUAAACCGUCUAAUUUGUCGAAUGUUCGUGUUUCGACCAUGAAAAUCCUAGUAGUUGUUGCCGCUUGUCUCGCUUUAAGCGCUGGCAGCGCUAUUCCUCUGACCCCAGGGGAUAACAUUCACUACAAGGAAGGUGAGAGUCGCUACAUCUGGAUGCCGGAUGGUGACGACGUACCCCAACUGGUUGACCUUCAGGAACCCGCCAACAAAGCCUUGCUCAACUCUAGGAACGGCGCAAAUAACCAAUAUUGGCUCUUCACUAGACAAAACCCAACUUCCCAUCAAGUUUUGGUCAAUGGCAACAUAAAUUCGGUGUGGAAUUCCAAUUAUAGAGCCAAUCGGCCGACUAAAGUCAUCGUUCAUGGCUGGAAUAGCAAUGGAAACUCAAAUAUCAACCCUACUAUAAGAGACGCAUUCCUCGCCGUUGAAGACUGCAACGUAAUCGUUGUAGACUGGCGUGCUCUGGCCAAUUCCAAUUACCUUACCGCAGCGAGCGGUGUACCGAGCGUUGGCCAAUUCCUCGGAAACUUCUUGGUAUGGCUGUUCAACAAUGCUGGUGGCAACUGGAACCAACUGCACUUGGUCGGCUUCAGUUUGGGCGCCCACAUCGUUGGCAAUGCUGGUCGCCAAGCCGGUGGCCGUCCAGUCAGAAUCACGGGUUUGGAUCCCGCCGGUCCUCUGUGGGGUGGUAACAGCAAUGCCCUGAACGCCAAUGCUGGAGGGUACGUGGAAGCGAUCCAUACUGACGGCGGUUUGCUUGGUAUUUUCGACCGCGUUGCCAACGCCGACUUUUACCCCAACGGAGGCAGGAACCCGCAACCUGGCUGCUCCAUAAGCACUUGCUCUCAUAGCCGCGCUUACCAGCUGUUCGCUUCCAGUGUCCGCUUCAACCGCUUCGGUGCGCGUCAGUGCUCUAACCAUCAGCAAGCUCAGAACAACCAGUGCUCAGGAUCAGCGCUUAAUAUGGGCAAUCACGUCCUCUCUAAGCGCGGAAAUGGCAUCUUUGGACUGAAUACUGGCUCAUCGUGGCCGUUCUAAACCAAUAGCAAAAGGAAAAUCAGACGCAUGGACACAGCGCUAAAUUAAAAUUGUGAUAUUAUUUUGUAAUAAAUUUUGUUAAAACAAAGGUUUUUCAAUCGUCUUAUUAUUUUUUCAACAAACUUAUUUUAUACAUACAUAUAUUUAUUACAUUAUUACUUAUGUAUGUUUUAACACUAUUUAUUUUAAGCAUGUUGUUACUUGUACGGUGCAUCUAGAGAAGUCAAUUCUUCAAAUAUUAAAUUAUUUAAUUAAAAUAACUUUUAGUAACUAA